AGUCCAGUCCUUGCCCCUGGAGCCGAGUGAGAAGACGAGCAUGAGAUGUCCAGAAUCAGUACGUGCUUGCCGCCGCCGGGCCAUGUGGCCAUGAGCGUCGGGCUCGAUGUCAGCUCAAAGAUAUCGGCGUCGCUGCCGCUGCUGUCUGGUGGUGGUGGUGGUGAUGGAGGAGGGAAAAGGCUGCUUCGCUAGCAUAAGCAACACAUCCCUGAGCGGCAUCACAACCAUCAUCGGAGCUCGAUACGCCAUCGCUGCAGCGAGAGAGAAGCUUCAGAAACCAUUUGGAAUGCGUCCCAUUGAGCUUCCCAUGAGCCAGCUGCGUAGAGGAGCUGGAGACCAAUGUCUGAAACUGAUCGUCGAGGGCGGCAUGUCCGGCGCGGGAAGCCAUGGCGCUUUCAGAUAAGAGCGAAGGGUAAUAACGAUGGAAGGAAGAAAAGCAUUUCCUCUCCGUCUCAUGGCGAACAGAGGGUGGUGCGGUGUGGUGGCCGGGAGUAGGGUGGUUGUGAUUGUGGUGCA